AUCAACCAAACUGUUAAAAGAAAAAAACACGAUGGCAAAUUGAUCACACGAUGAGAACUUUGGAAGGAUACUUGGUCAAUUACUCAUAAAGUCUCCAGUAGCGAAAGGUACUUUGCAAGCAAAACGUAGAGUAAUCAUAAUAAAAGCAAAAUGGCACCCAGUGUAGACAUGAAGCAAUACUUUAAUAUUCGAUUAAAAACGUGCAUCUGCUAUUCGGCCGUGGUUUUAUUACUGGUGACACCUAUUCUUUAUCACACUCUCUCUGUAACGUAUACAGUCAGCAGGUCAGCUUCCAAUCCGGAUGCAGGUUAUGACUCCAAAGACCUCACAGCAGACUUCAACCGUCCCUCGACAAGUGCGGAUACAGCCCAUGAAAGACAAUACACCAGAAAAAUUGCAAAACGCACACUGUAUCCUCUAACAAUAGACUCUCCUUAUGUGAUAAACAGUCGUAAUGUAUGUACGAACGUGAGCAAUUUAAAGUUCCUAAUAAUCGUCCACACCUCGACGGACCAUUUUCAGAGACGAAGAAUAAUGAGAGAGACGUGGGCCAAUAAGAAUAUAUUUAAAACUGUUAAUCUGAGGAUAGUUUUCUUCUUUGGGUUGACAAAAGACAAAACCACCCAGGAGUUGAUAGAGAACGAAAGUAUCGUCUACGGCGACGUUGUUCAGGGGGAUUUCCUGGACACCUACCACAACCUGACCCACAAGGGCGUGCUGGCGUACAGGUGGACUCAGGACUUCUGUCAGCAGGCCGAGAUGAUUGUCAAAGUAGACGACGACGUGUUCCUCAAUGUCUUUAUUCUCUUGGAAACGUAUUACCCGAAGUUUCAAUCUAACAAUCGCUCCAUACUAUGUCAUUUCGUCAGGAAAAAUAAAAGUGCCAUUCACAGGAAUAGAACCAAAUGGAUAGUGGACAAGCAUCUGUUUUCUGGCUUCGCCUUCUAUCCCGUCAACCAUUGCCUGGGUUACAUCGUGCUCAUAUCACGUGAUCUUAUCCGACCAAUGUACCGAGCCUCUUUUCUGACGCCGUUCUUUUGGGUAGACGAUGUGUAUUUGUACGGGUUGCUACCGAACAAGGUGGGAGGCGUUAAGUACGGAGAUAUUAGAUACAGUCUGGACAAAAAAACUAAUAAGGGCCUCGAGUGCUAUUUUAAGACAAAGAAAUGUUCGUACUUGGCGGUGAUUGCUUGGAAAGAUAAUAAACACCUGUUCGAACAACUGUGGUACGCAGCAUUGUCGCAGCUGAGUCCUAAAAUGAAAAAGGAGGUGAAUCCUUUACUAUUACCAGAAACGCCAUGAGACACGUGUAUCAGCGUUAUACAUAUUUUUUAUAAUCUAGUUAUUCUACGUCGAAAUGGAAAAUCAAGGAAAGAUGUCUAACUGACAUGCGCAAAUGUCUAUCGUCGAGAGAGCCAACCCCCUCCCCCUCCCCUCCCCUGCUCCGCCGUGCUUGUAGUUUAUCUACAUAGAAAUGGAAAAUCAAGGAAUAUUUGUUUAGCGACACGCCAGCACAGUUGAGAACGGAGUUAAUGGAUUCCGUUGUACGUCAUUUGAAAGAUGCGUAACUGGUAUACACAGUGGUCUAUCGCUUGACAGCCUGGGACUGAAUUCCAUCAAUAAUUAAUGGUUGCCCAAGGACUGUUAUAUGUAAUUUCUUUCGUUUGAGAUUCGAAUAAAAACUAAAAUUCUAUUGGUGUAAGGAAAUAAAAAGUGCAACUACUACUGCCCAUUGCAUUUUUAAAAAUACACUUUUAUUUGUUAUACAGUUGUUAUGCAGUCUAGACAAAUGGAUGAAAGCAAUGUGGGGUACCCCCAUAACAUGGAACUGUGACGUCCAGAAAAAAUGAUGUUUGCUAAUACAAACAUUCCACAAAUUCCUUACAUAGUAUGUGAACCCCCCCCCCCCCCCCCGCUCCAUUUUCUUGCAGGUACAUUCAAUGUGAGAUGUUCACUAUAUAAUCAAUAUUUUACAUUUUAUGUCAUUUACGGUUAUUAGACCGUAAUAAUUGCUUAAUUAGGUCACACUCUGACGAGGUGUUCAUAAUGAUCUUGACCUUGGCAUUCAUAAACUGUGCAUUGCUCUUAACUGAGUUUGACAAAAAAAUCAAUGUUGAUAAACUGGACCUUUUGACUCCUAUUUUAUAUUUACAAGUUUAUCUAUCCAAGGUGAUGGACAUCUUAUAUAAAACUAAUCUUAUUUGGAAUAAUAAAUUUAGGCAAGCUGGAAUAAAUAUCAAUGAGUGAAUUUUUUUUAUAAACACAGCUUGCUUGAAAAUACAGAUACAGUACAAAUUAUAUUCCUUUCAGCUAGAUUCUUCUAUUCCUCUUUCCUUUUCUUUUAAUCCUUACUCCUUUUGCUUUCUUUCCUUCUUCUUUUCGUCAUUUUCAUGUCGAACUCGGAGCAUGUAACUUCCCAUAUUAUGUUAGAUAUUCAACAAUAUUGUAUUAUGUUAAUACUAUAUAUCAAGAUAUUAUUAUUACUCUUUCCAUAUACAUAUGUGAUGAUAUUUUGACAUUGUACGGUCAUGGUCCCAAGGCACCCCAACCUUGGUAUGGCCAUAUUUUUCUGGGGACAGUAAAAAAGAAUUCUUAUUUGGAAUAAUAAAUUUAGGCAAGCUGGAAUAAGAUAUUAGUAAUAAAUUAUUUGUUUAUAUUUAAAAUGUUUUUGAAAAAUAUAGAAUUUGAAAUAA